UUUCAGUUAUUGCUGAAAAAAUAUAUUAUAAUCCAAGGGAGACAGAAUCAAUAACAUUAAAAGUGAAUGUCGAGGGCAAACCGUCUCAGGUCAGAUGGUUUAAGAACAAUCGACUAAUUACAAUAAUGAAUAGAUAUUCUGGUGGCAAUGUGGCAUCUCCUGCUUUGAUUAUAACAAACGUUCAUCUCAGUGAUGGUGGUGAAUAUGUGUGCGAAGUAACAAAUGGAAAGGAUACAGCUCGAAGUGGUACAAUUCAGUUGUCUCCAGCGUCAAUGUUGUCAGUUAUUGCUAGAAAGACAUUUUAUAACCCAAUGGAGACAGAAUCUGUAACAUUGCAAGUGAAUAUCGUAGGCACACCUUCUCAGAUAAGCUGGUAUAAGGACAAUCAACUAAUAACAACAUCGAAUAGAUAUUCCGAUGGAAUUGUGUCUGCUCCUGCGCUGACCAUAACACACGUCAAACUUAUUGAUGGUGGUGAAUAUGUGUGCGAAAUAACAAAUGGAAAGGAUACUGCUCGAACCAGCAUAAUCCAGUUGUCUCCUAAUCCAUUAUCCCUUCUGUCAGUGAUAGCUCUAAAUACUUUAUACAUACCACAGGAGGCUAAAUCUGUAACACUGACAGUAAAAAUUGUUGGAAAACCUUCUCAAAUAACAUGGUACAAAGACAAUCAGCCGAUCACACUAUCUGAUAGAUACUCUGGUGGUAAUGUAUCUGUCCCUUCAUUGACCAUAGAAAAAGUAGCCAAUAGUGAUAUCGGUGACUAUGUUUGUGAAGCCACAGAUGGAACUGUUACAGUGAAAACGAAAACUAUCAAUCUGUCUCUUAAAAGUAAUACGGAUGAUUCCAAAAUAAUACCUGACAUUCUGCCACCAAUACAACCGAGCAUUCAACCACCAAUACAACCCGUUCAUCCACCAAUACAACCUAGCGUUCAACCUCCUACAUUAAUUACUCGAGCACCAACAACCAUACUGAUCACCACUGAAUUGCCAAAUAAAAAGCUUACAACAAAAUUCUCUGUAACAACUACAGAACUUCCUAAACCAGAUGUAACUAUUGCACCACAAACCAAAUCACCUCGACCUAAUACUACACGUCCAAAACCUUCAUCUCAUAGAACAAUAUCAAAAAGCAGAAGCGGCAGUUCAUCUUUCAGUGCUGGUUCAUCAAGUUCACAAUGUCAUUUUCAUGAUGGACGACCAUGUUGUAAACAGCAUUACGGACCAUUCAUUAACGUUGAUGUAAACGUUCUAGUAGAUGGCAAUAGCGUUGAAGAUAGCAGCCUUGACAGUAGUCUAGAUGAAAAUAGCCUUAAUGACAGUAUCCUUGGUGACAGCAACUGUGCAGCUUGCAACAACAAAGGUGGAAAGUUUAAAAUGGCUGCAACAACGAAACAACCAUCUGAUAGCAAAUUGUCUCCAACUACAAAACAACCAUCUGACAGCAAAGUGUUUCCAACUACGAAACAGCCAUCUAACAUUAAACUGAUUCCAACUACAAAACAACCAUCUUACAGCAAAGUGUUUCCAACUACGAAACAACUAUCUGACAUUAAACUGAUUCCAACUUCGAAACAACGAUCUAACAGCAAACUGACUCCAACUAUGAAAAAACCAUCUGAUACCAAAGUGUCUUUAACUACAAAACAACCAUCUGACAGCAAACCGAUUCCAACUACGAAACAACUAUCUAACAGCAAAAUAUCUCCAACUACGAAACAACCAUCUAACAUCAAAAUGUCUCCAACUACGAAACAACCAUAUGAGAGCAAACUGACCCCAACUACUAAACAAGCAUCUGACAGUAUUCCAAUCUCAGGCAAACUUGGCGGUUUCCUAUUCAAUACCAAAAUACUUGAGAAACGAAAAAGAUCUGCUCAGACAAACGAUUUCAGCUGUUACUCCUGUGAUGAUUUGCCGUACGGCAGAACAUGUACCACUAUUAAUCGUUGUCAUUCAGGACAUGAACACUGCAUGACACAAUAUAACUUCCAAGAGAAUGGAUUAAUAUCAACAACAACCAGAUGUAGUCACAUGCAUGCAAAUAGUGGUUUAAUUGGUAUUUAG